AUGAUCUGUCAACGCUGUCUCCAGCGCCUCGCUGCGCGCCGCAAACCCAUCCCCUCAUCAUCAUCCACCUCCUCGACAACCACAACCACAAAAAUCAGCACAACCCGACCCUUCACCCAUUCCAGCCGAAACCCCUCCCAACAAACCGCCGUAGACCCGUCCCCCCCACCACCGACCGACCCAGUCCCCCGAACAUCCAAAGGCGCACCCGCCGCCCUAUCGGUCCCGGCUGUGGCACAACCCUUCAGCACGCCCUUGACACCAAAACCCAAUACAGCUGAACUACCUAUCUCGAGGAACCCGAAAACGACAGCGACAGCGACACCGACAGCAGCGAAACAAACACCAAGGAGCUCUGUGCUAGCGGGUACAGUACUCAAAGGGUUGAAUUUCAUGAAGAAUAAACCUGAUCCCGUGGCGGGGGAGGAUGGGGAGUAUCCGGGUUGGUUAUGGGGGAUACUCGAGGGAGCUGGGAAGAAGGAGGGGGAAGGGAGCAGUGCUGGGGAUGUUGAUGGGGAUUUAUUCGCCAAAUCGAAAAAACAACGCCAGCGAGCCGCCAAAGCGCUGCGCAAACAGCAAGCCCUGCACCCGGAGUCCCUGGUCCCGAAAGUUCCUCUCUACGAACAGAGUAUCGAUCUUCCAGCAGGCGAUGGGACGGUAGAGGGAGCUAUGCAGGCUGGUGAGGCGAGGGGGGGGUUGAAUCAGAGUAUGCGGGGUAUGAGGCGGAAGAAGAUCAAGGAGGAUAAUUUCUUGAGGGGGAUGGGAUGA